UAUCAUUCGAAGGCAGUGCUCCGAAAAUGGUCUCGAAGACCGAUUCGAUGAUCCCCGAUGGCACUGUCAGUCGCUCGAUCGAGAUCGGUCUCCGCGUGAUCGGCGUUUGGCCCGACUCGUCCUACAUGGUCCUUCGUCGCGCCUUCUGGAUGAUCACUCUGACGAUGGCGCAGACCUUUCAGUAUCGAUAUUUCCUCAUACACGUCCGCACGGACGACUUGUCGCAUCUGAUGGAUGGCCUCAGCACUACGAUGUCCUAUAGCCUUCUACUAUUGAAACUUACAAUAUUCUGGAUCAAUCGACGGAUAUUCUAUGACAUCUUAGCGAUGAUGGCUCAGGAUCGGAGUGAAUGCGCAAACGAGUGGGCCGUCUACUCGAUGUCAAGGACCACCGAUGUAUCGCAUCGGUCUUCUAACUUGAUCAUCGGCCUCUACUCAAUGUCGGUGUUUCUUUAUGGCACUGGCGUACUUGUCGCUCACGCCGAUGAGCCCGACGAGGAGCUCGCCGUGCCGGCGCGAGAACUGUUUCUCAAGAUGGAACUACCCUUCGAGUCCAAUGCUUCCCCUGCAUACGAACUCGUCAUGGUCACGCAAUUUUUCCAUCAGCUUGCGGCAGCCACAAUAGUCGGCGUUUUGAACGCCCUAAUUGUCUCACUGAUUCUUCAUGUAGGUGGGCAAAUCGAUAUAAUGUGCCGUGGGUUGGUAGAAAUCUCCUCAGGUGACGACACAUUCGACUUGCGAAUGUCGACUAUCAAAGCUCUAAUACGUCGACAUCAGAGAAUUAUCGCUCUCUCGGCCGACAUUGAGACUUUGUUCUCGUAUAUAGCUCUGAUGCAAUUCCUAUGGAAUACUUUGGUCAUCUGCUGCCUUGGAUUUCUAAUUGUGACUGCGAUCGGCGAUACGCAAGGAUCGACGAUGAUGAUCAAAUCCCUCUUUUUUUAUGUCGUCAUUACUUUGGAAGCGUUUAUAUUUUGUUAUGCUGGAGAAUAUCUCACAGCAAAGGGCAGAAUGAUUGGCGAUGCAGCAUACGAAGCAAAGUGGUAUAAUUCGAAUCCCACGCAGAGUCGUAUUAUAUUACUGUUGAUUUUAAGAUCACAAAGAAAGUUAACUAUUACGAUAGGAAAAUUUAUGGAUCUUUCUCUAGAACGUUUCACAACAGUAAGAUGCACUUUCAGAAUUACAUUUUCUUUUGCUUUAUCUAGUACAGGUUGUAUGCACUUUGGAAGGAAGUACACGUUCCCAAUUUCAAAUUCGAUUUAUAAAUUAUUAGGGGGCAAUAUAUUUUUACAAAGAGAAUAUAUCUCUAGAUUUUUGUUUUAUUUAAGUUUUUUAUAUUAGUUUUAUUAAUAAAAA